CCUCUUCUCUCCUUCAUUGAAUCUCUUCAUCUCUCUGUGUCUCUCCUCCGGUCCUCCGGUCUCUGCUAUGACAGCUCACACCAGCGGCGUGUUGCCCGAUCUCAGACCGUCAACCCGUCACCGGUUGUCCUGUCCAAACCUUAACAUGGACAUGUGUGUGGGGGAUAUUCGUGAUUGAUCCUCGGGUAUUUUUUUUUUUUUUUUUUUUUUUUAAUUUUUGUUUUGUAUCUUUUUUUUUGUAAUAAAAACGAAAGAAAAAGGAGGAGGGGGGGCGGCCGUCCUAUUUUACCCCCCUCCGCUUCCUUCAGCCAAGCAGAGCGGCAAGGUGGGGAGAAGGCUUUAAAAUUAAGCCGGCUUGGAUUUAUUUAAUAGCGAAAUGACGGAUUUGUUGGCACCGGAGCUACUGCUGAGGAGGAGGAGGAUGAAUGGGAAGAAAACGGGGAGGCUAAGACGCGACCUCCCGCUUCUCCUCCUGCUGGGGCUUCUCAUCGGGGAUUUCUCCUCGUCCAAGGCUGAAUCUUGUGGCGGCGUGGUCCAAGGCCUGAACGGCACCAUAGAGUCACCCGGAUUCCCCCACGGCUAUCCCAACUACGCCAACUGCACGUGGCUGAUAAUCACAGGGGAGAGGAACCGCAUCCAGCUAACCUUCGUCACGCUGGCACUGGAGGAAGACUUUGAUAUUGUAUCAGUUUACGAUGGACAGCCGUCGCCUGGCAACUUAAAAAUGAGGUUGUCGGGAUUCAUGCUGCCUUCCCCUAUAGUCAGCAGCGGAUCCAUAUUGGCCUUGUGGUUUACCACGGACUUCGCAGUGAGUGCACAGGGCUUCAAAGCUGUAUACGAAGUCCUGCCCAGUCACACAUGUGGCACCCCAGGCCUCAUUCCAAAUGGAGUCAUUCAUGGCUCCCGGUACAACAUGGGGGACAAGAUCCGCUACAGCUGUGAGUCAGGUUAUGUGCUGGAGGGACACAGUAUCCUCACAUGCAUUGUAUCACCUGGCACUGGAGCACAGUGGGACUUCCCAUCUCCAUUCUGUAGAGCGGAGGGAGCGUGUGGUGGUACGCUGCGAGGCACCGCGGGUUCGAUAAUCAGCCCCGGAUACCCUGCAGAGUAUGAAAACAACCUGGACUGCACCUGGUCAAUCCUCGCUGAACCCGGGGACACAAUAGCCCUCGUCUUCAAUGACUUCUUAUUAGAGGACAAAUACGACUUCCUGGAAAUCAGCGGGACGGAAGCGCCAAGCAUAUGGCUGACUGGUACCACUCUGCCAUCGCCGGUUAUCUCAAAUAAGAACUGGCUUCGGAUACAUUUCACGUCAGACAGCAACCACAGAAGAAAAGGAUUCAGUGCUCAGUACCAAGUGAAGAAAGCAAUAGAGUUAAAGUCCAGAGGGGUGAAGAUGAUGCCCAGCAAAGAGUCCAGUCACAAAAAUGCAGUCUUGAGUCAGAGUGGUCUUGCCGGUGAUGUUUGUCCAGAUCCCGGAGUUCCUGAAAACGGCAAGAGGAUGGGCUCUGCCUUCCAAAUUGGCUCCAGUGUCCAGUUCAGUUGUGAUGACAGCUAUGUACUACAGGGAUCUAAAAGUAUCACCUGUCAACGAGUCACUGACACACUGGCUGCCUGGAGUGACCACAGACCCAUCUGCAGAACUCGUACCUGUGGCAGUAACCUGAGGGGGCCCAGAGGGGUCAUAACUUCUCCUAACUACCCUGUUCAAUAUGAGAACAAUGCACACUGUGUGUGGGUCAUCACUGCAAUGGACACUGGGAAGGUAAUAAAGCUGUCAUUUGAAGAGUUUGAUCUGGAAAGAGGAUAUGACACACUCACUGUGGGAGAUGGAGGCAAGAUAGGAGAUACUCGGAGGGUACUCUAUGUACUCACCGGCUCCAGUGUCCCUGACCUCAUCGUUAGCUUGUCCAAUCAGAUGUGGUUACACCUGCAGUCGGACGAUACGAUCGGCUCCGCUGGCUUCAAGGCAGUGUAUGAAGAGAUCGAACGAGGAGGCUGCGGCGAUCCUGGGGUGCCGGCAUUCGGCCGUCGUAGCGGUGAUCGCUUUCAGCACGGUGACGUCCUGACCUUCUUUUGUCAGUCAGCCUUUGAGCUCGUUGGAGAAAGAACCAUCACAUGCCAGCACAACAACCAGUGGUCUGGCAAUAAACCAAGUUGUGUCUUCUCCUGUUUCUUCAACUUCACGGCUCCAUCAGGGACUGUAUUGUCCCCGAACUACCCCGAGGAGUAUGGUAAUAACCUGAAUUGUGUGUGGUUGAUUAUCUCUGAACCGGGAAGCCGGAUUCAUCUCCUCUUCUCUGACUUCGACCUGGAGCCACAAUUCGACUGGUUGGUGGUCAAAGAUGAAGGUCUGUCUGAGCCAACAACAUUUGGGACCUUCUCAGGGAAAGACGUUCCUUCACAGAUCGCCUCGAAUGGACACAUCAUGAGACUGGAAUUUCAGUCUGAUCAUUCUAAUACGGGGAAAGGCUUCAAUAUCAGCUAUACUACGUUUGGUCAAAAUGAAUGUCAUGACCCGGGAGUCCCUGUCAACGGUCAAAGGUACGGUGACCAGUUCCAGCUUGGCAGCUCGGUGGCUUUCCGCUGUGAUCAAGGAUUCAUAAGAACACAGGGGUCUGAUCAGGUCACUUGCAUCAUUCAGGAUGGAAAUGUCGUUUGGUCUGCGGCUGUACCUCGUUGUGAAGCUCCCUGCGGAGGCCACCUUACAGCUCCGACUGGCGUCCUGCUGUCUCCUGGUUGGCCUUCCUUUUAUAAAGACUCUCUGAACUGCCAGUGGGUGAUUGAGGCGCAGACAGACCACGCUGUAAAGAUACACUUUGACAAGUUUCAGACGGAGGUCAACUAUGACACGCUGGAGAUCAGGGAUGGCCCCUCUGUCUCCUCUCCGCUGAUCGGUGAAUACCACGGCACCCAAGCGCCUCAUUUCCUGAUUUCCACCACCAACUUCCUGUUCCUGUUAUUCACAACGGACAACAGCCGCUCCGCAGCAGGCUUCAGCAUCAGAUAUGAAAGUGUGAAGAUGGAGUCAGACUCUUGUCUCGAUCCCGGAAUCCCAGUCAAUGGUCGUCGCCAUGGCAGCAGCUUUUCCAUUGGCUCCCGCGUCUCAUUUGCGUGUGACCCGGGGUACACACUCAGCGAUCAGGAGCCGAUCAUUUGCGAUCAGAAUCAUCAGUGGAGUCACGCUCUUCCCAGUUGUGAUGCUCUUUGUGGAGGCUAUGUUUAUGGUAAGACUGGGACAAUUCUGUCUCCCGGCUUUCCUGACUUCUACCCCAAUUCUCUGAACUGCACCUGGACUAUAGAGGUGUCUCACGGGAAAGGAGUCCAUCUGGUUUUCCACACGUUCCAUUUGGAGGAGAACCACGACUACCUGUCCAUCACCGAAGACAGCAACUUCCUGGUUCCGGUAGCUCGACUCACCGGCUCAGUGCUGCCCCCAAGUGUUAAAGCUGGACUCUUUGGGAACUUCAGCGCUCAGCUGAGAUUCAUAUCAGAUUUCUCCAUGAGUUACGAAGGAUUUAACAUUACUUUCUCAGAGUACGACUUAGAGCCAUGUGAGGAUCCUGGCGUACCAGCAUAUAGCCGGAGGAUGGGAUUUAGAUUUGAAGUUGGCGACUCGCUGGCCUUCUCUUGUUUCCAUGGCUACCGACUUGAGGGAGACAGCAAGAUCACUUGUCUGGGAGGAGGCAGGCGAGUCUGGAGCAACACGCUACCACGAUGUAUAGCCGAGUGUGGAGCCUCCUCACUAGGACCAGAAGGCAUUCUCCUGUCUCCCAACUUCCCCUCCAACUAUGAUAACAACCAUGAGUGCAUCUACCGGAUCACGACUGAAAAGGGCAAAGGAAUCAGGCUGAAAGCCGAGAGCUUCUCAUUGCAAGACGGAGACUAUCUCAAGGUGUAUGAUGGAGAAAACACUUCAUCCCGUCUCCUCGGGAACUUCACACGUGAGAGCAUGAUGGGCUAUGUCAUCAAUAGUACGUCCAAUCACCUGUGGCUGGAGUUCAAUAGCAAUGCCUCCGGGACCGAUCAGGGCUUCCGCCUCACAUACACAAGUUUUGACCUUGUACGCUGCGAGGAACCGGGUGUCCCGAAUUAUGGCUAUAAGAUCCAGGACGAUGGCCAUUAUGCCAACACUUUUGUCCUGUACUCCUGCAACCCUGGAUACAGUCUCCAUGGCAGCAGCACACUGACCUGUCUCAGUGGGGACCGACGUGUCUGGGACAAGCCACUUCCUUCCUGUAUCGCGGAGUGUGGAGGUCAUAUAACUGGAGCAGUCUCUGGACGGAUUCUGUCUCCAGGAUACCCCGCUCCGUACGACAACAAUCUGCACUGUACCUGGACCGUAGAGGCUGAUACAGGCAAGACAAUCAGCCUCCACUUCAUUGUCUUUGACACCGAGGUCGGCCACGAUAUUCUGAGAGUUUGGGACGGUCCAUCUGGGCCAUCGGACGGUGGCAUCCUGUUGAAAGAAUGGUCCGGCCCGGCCCUACCUGAAGAUAUCCACUCCACUUUCAACAUACUGACGCUGCAGUUUGAUUCUGAUUACUUCAUCAGCAAGCAAGGAUUUUCUAUACAGUUCUCUACCACAACAGCAACGACCUGCAACGACCCGGGCAUCCCUGUCAAUGGUUCACGGUACGGCGACAGUAAGGAGCCCGGUGACAGCAUGACGUUCCAAUGUGACCCCGGCUACCAGCUGCAAGGCCAAGACACCAUCACGUGCGUGCGGAUGGACAACAGAUUCUACUGGCAGCCUGACCCUCCAACAUGCAUCGCGACCUGUGGUGGAAACGUCAGCGGCCCUUCUGGAGUGAUUCUGUCUCCCAACUACCCUCAGCCUUACCCGGCCGGGAAAGAGUGUGACUGGAGGGUCAGAGUCAACCCUGACUUCGUCAUUGCCCUCAUCUUCAAAAGUUUCAACAUGGAGCCGAGUUAUGACUUCCUGCACAUCUACGAGGGCGAAGACUCUAAUGGGCCGCUACUUGCAAGUCUCCAAGGCAACCAGGCCCCGGAGAGGAUAGAGAGCAGUGGUAACAGUCUCUUCUUGGCAUUCAGAUCUGACGCCUCGCUGGGCAUGUCUGGGUUCGCCAUUGAAUACAGAGAAAAACCGAGGGAGGCCUGUUUUGACCCAGGCAACAUUAUGAACGCCAGUCGGACAGGUUACGACUAUAAACUGGGAUCUCAGGUGUCCUACAGCUGUCACCAUGGCUACACAACAGUGGGCGGGGACACCAUCACUUGUGUCAUGGGGAAUGACGGGAAGCCAGUGUGGGACCGGGCGCUGCCAUCGUGUAAAGCUCCAUGUGGAGGGCAGUAUGGCGGAUCUGAAGGUGUUGUUUUGUCCCCAAACUAUCCUCUAAACUACACUACCAGACAGACUUGCUCCUAUCACAUCACUGUGUCCCCACAGUUUGUGGUGUUUGGUCAGUUUGCUGUCUUCCAGACAGCAAUGAAUGACUCAGUGGAGCUGUUUGAUGGAGCCAAUGACAAUGCCCGACUGCUCAGCUCCCUGGCUGGGUCACAUUCAGGAGAGACAUUGCCACUGGCAACUUCCAAUCAGAUCAUGCUCCGAUUUAAUGCCAAGAGUGGCCAGUCAGCCAGAGGCUUUCACUUUGUCUACCAAGCUGUGCCUCGCACCAGUGAUAGUCAGUGCAGCUCAGUGCCAGAGCCUCGGUACGGCAGGCGGAUCGGUUCAGAGUUUUCAGCUGGCUCGGUGGUUCGGUUCGAGUGCAGUCCAGGUUAUCUACUCAAAGGAUCCAGUGCAAUCCACUGCCAGGCCGUGCCGGGUGCCCUCGCACAGUGGAACGCAACAACACCAACCUGCAUAGUUCCCUGCAGUGGCAACUUGACUGAACGACGUGGUACAAUACUGUCUCCUGGCUAUCCUGAACCCUACCCAAACAGUCUCAACUGUCUGUGGAGGAUCCACGUCAGUGAAGGGGCCGGGAUACAGAUCCAAGUAAUGACGUUUGCCACUGAGCACAACUGGGACUCUCUGGAGAUCUACGAUGGAGGGGACAUGACAGCUCCUAAAUUAGGGUCAUUUUCUGGAACAACAGCUCCUGCUCUCCUCAACUCAACAUCCAAUCAGCUCCUUCUGCACUUCCAGAGUGACAUCAGCGUGGUGGCCGCAGGUUUUCACCUAGAAUACAAGACGGUUGGUCUUACUACGUGCCCAGAGCCAAUGAUUCCAGCCAAUGGCAUUAAAAUAGGAGACAGAUACAUGGUCAACGAGGUGGUUGCCUUCACUUGUGAACCUGGUUACACAUUACAGGGUCACUCUCACAUUUCCUGCAUGCCUGGAACUGUUCGCCGAUGGAACUACCCACCACCUCUUUGCAUAGCUCGUUGUGGCGGGGUGCUGUCUGAGAUGAGCGGUGUCAUCCUUAGCCCAGGUUUCCCAGGCAACUACCCUGGCAACCUGGACUGCACCUGGCAAAUCACCCUGCCAACUGGAUAUGGAGCCCAUAUUCAAUUCCAAAACUUCUCUUCAGAAGACAACCAUGACUUCCUAGAGGUUAGGGCUGGACCACAACACAGCUCUGCACUUAUUGGACAGUUUACUGGCUCACAGAUCCCACCGCCUUUGCUGAGCACUACCCACCUGACGAUCAUCCACUUCUACAGCGACCACUCAGAGAACAGGCCCGGUUUCAAACUGACUUAUCAGGCCUAUCAACUUCAGAACUGCCAGGAUCCUCUUCCUUUCCCCAACGGAGACAUCAUCAACAGUGACUACAGCGCUGGCCAGUCUGUAACUUUUCAGUGCUACCCUGGUUAUGUUUUGAUUGGACACACGGUGCUAACAUGUCUGCACGGGACCAACCGGAAGUGGAACCACCCGUUUCCACGUUGCGAGGCUCCUUGCGGCUAUAAUGUCACAGCUGAAAAUGGGACCAUCUAUUCACCUCAGUACCCCAAUGAAUACCCAAACUCCCAAGAUUGCAGCUGGCUCAUCACUGUUCCCCACGGACAUGGAGUUUAUAUCAACUUUACCUUAUUGCAGACAGAGCCUGUCACUGAUUACAUCGCCAUCUGGGACGGCCCAGAUACCUCCAGCCCUCAGCUGGGAGUCUUCAGCGGCAACACAGCAUUAGAAUCAGCCUACAGUACCAGCUCCAAGGUCCUGAUCCGCUUUCAUUCAGAUUUUUCCACUGGAGGCUUCUUCAUUCUCAACUUCCAUGCAUACCGUCUGAAGAAGUGCCCUCCUGCUCCUGUCGUGGAGAACGCGGAGGUGAUCUAUGAGGAUGAAGACUUUCAGAUAGGUGAUAUUGUGAAGUAUCGCUGUUUACCUGGAUACACACUGGUUGGAAAGGCAGAGCUUAUGUGUAAGCUAAAUUCCCAUUUGCUCUUUGAAGCCCCGGCCCCAUCAUGUCAAGCCCAGUGCCCAGCCAAUGAGGAACGCUUUUCAUCAUCAGGAGUGAUAUUGAGCCCCGGGUUUCCUAGCAACUAUCCAAACAGCCAGACAUGCUCCUGGCUGCUACGUAUGAUUCCAGGUUACACCAUCAAUAUCUAUGUCGAGAUGUUCCACAGCGAGAAGCAGUUUGAUGAACUGGAGAUUUUUGAUGGAUCCUCAGGACAAAGCCCUUUGCUUGUUGCUCUCAGCGGGAACCACUCAUCUCAGCUGAACUUCACUUCUAAAACAAACCAGCUCUACCUGCGAUGGUCUACUGACCACGCAACCAACAAGAGAGGAUUCAAGAUACGAUACUCAGCUGCCUAUUGCAGUAUUAAUGAUUCUCCAGCGAAUGGCGGUGUGGUCAACCGAACCAAACUUCGUCCAGGUAGCAGACUUCAGUUCUUUUGCAACCGUGGUUACCGCCUGGUGGGUUCAAGCAAUGCCACCUGUCGGCUCGACUCAAACGGGCUUUACCAGUGGGAUACGCCGCCACCUUUUUGUCAAGCUGUGUCAUGUGGAAUACCUCAGUUACCGGGCAAUGGCAGCGUCCAUGCUUACCAGUAUACUGUUGGUAGCCAGGUCACCUACCAAUGUAACCAUGGUUACCACCUUGACCCAGGUGUUCCGAUGACAGCGGUGUGUUUGGAGGAAGGCACCUGGAGUAAUGCUGCCUCAGUUCCCAGAUGCCUGCCGGUCCACUGCCCAAGCAUUGAGGGCAGCUUGUCAGAUCACAUGACCUACCGCCUGCUCUCUGGUCGGCUAGGAGAGUUUGGUUCUAUGGUGAUGCUGGAAUGCUCAACAGGAUAUUAUUUGGGUCUGGGGCACCGGACUCUCCGCUGCCUUGCCAAUGGGACCUGGGAAGGGUCAAACGACCUAGCUAUUUGCAAGAUCAUCUCCUGUGGGGAACUUCCAUCUCCUCCCUUCGGCACCAAACUGGGAACAUUGACCACAUUCGGAGCAACUGCAAUCUUUAUGUGCAACCAUGGUUACACAUUGGUGGGGUCACAUGUCAGAGAGUGCGGGGCUAAUGGGCUGUGGAGUGGUGCAGAGACCAGAUGUCUAGCUGGUCACUGUGAUUCUCCAGACCCUAUAGUCAAUGGCCACAUUAGCGGAGACGGCUCGAGUUAUCGAGACACAGUUGUGUACCAGUGCAUGUUAGGAUAUCGCCUAAUCGGCACAUCGGUCAGAAUUUGCCAGCAAGACCAUCGAUGGUCUGGAACAACCCCUGUCUGUGUCCCCAUCACUUGUGGUCACCCAGGCAACCCAGCCAAUGGGCGGACCAACGGCAGCGAGUUCAACCUCAAUGAUGUAGUCAACUUCACCUGCAACAGAGGUUACGUCCUCAGCGGAAACGCUCGUGCCCAGUGCCGACUCAAUGGACAGUGGAGCAGCCCCCUACCAGUCUGCAAAGUGGUGAAUUGUUCAGACCCCGGUCACGUGGAAAAUGGCGUGCGCCAGUCAGGCCUACAUUACCCAGAAAUCUUCAGCUACGGUGUAACCGUGGCAAUCCACUGCAAACGAGGCUUCUACCUUCUGGGCUCGGCACUCCUUACAUGCCUGCACGAUGGAGUGUGGGACCGACCAACCCCUCGAUGCCUAGCUAUUUCCUGUGGUGACCCUGGUGUACCCCCUAAUGCAGUAGUAUCUGGGACCCACAGUUGGACGUAUGGUUCAGUACUGCAGUACUCCUGUCUGCCUGGUGGGGUGCUGGUGGGUAACGUCACACGACACUGUCAGGAGGACGGAACAUGGAGUGGAGCACCACCGUACUGUACUGGUGUGAGUGCUGGAAUCUGUGGAGAUCCAGGGAUCCCUCCCCAUGGUACCCGUCUUGGAGGGGAAGAAUUUAAAACUAAGAGCCUUCUGCGUUUCAGCUGCGAGGCAGGAUACAACCUGAUUGGCUCUGCUGAAAGGACCUGCCUUCACAACGGCACCUGGAGCAGCACACAGCCUGUCUGUCAAGCUGUAUCCUGUGGUAACCCUGGCACCCCGGCCCACAGCAGAAUUGUCUUCAGCGACGGCAUCACCUUCGGCAGCUCAGUGGCUUAUGCGUGCUGGGAAGGCUUCAAAACAUCAGGCCUGACCACCAGGCACUGCACGACAAAUGGGACGUGGACGGGACAACCCCCAGACUGCACUGUGAUCAGUUGCGGGGACCCUGGGCCUAUUGGCAAUGGGAUCUAUAUAGGAAGUGAGUUUAACUUCAACCACACAGUGACCUACCGCUGUAACCCUGGUCACCUGACGGAACCACCAGGACGGAGCGUUCUGCGCUGCACUAAAGACGGAACCUGGAACCAGACCAAACCUAGCUGUAGAGUGAUCCAGUGUGGACCUCCACCUCCAGUGACCAAUGGGAAGGUGGAAGGGACCGACCACUCCUGGGGGUCGAGUGUUAGCUACAGUUGUUUCCAUGGAUAUCAGUUGUCCACGCCGGCUGUGCUAACCUGUGAGGGGAACGGGACUUGGACCGGAGACGUACCACAGUGUCUGCCGGUUCUAUGUGGGGAUCCUGGCUCUCCUGGAGGAGGUUUUAGAGAGGGGAACAUCUUUUCAUAUCGGUCAGAGGUCAGGUUCUACUGCCAUUCUCCCUAUCUGCUGGUGGGCUCUGCAUCCAGAGUCUGUCAAGCUGACGGAAUUUGGAGUGGCCAACAACCAGCGUGUAUAGACCCAGCCUUCAACAGCUGUCGUGAUCCAGGAACACCAGCCUAUGGUAUCCCGGUAGUGGCCCAAGGCUUUCAGGUUGGCAGUAAGAUUUCCUUCAAGUGCCGUAAAAACUAUCACAUACUUGGUUCAACAACAAGAACGUGCCUAGAAAACCUAACCUGGAGUGGAACUCAACCAGAGUGCAUAGCUCAUUCAUGCCGACAGCCAGAGACCCCCAGUAAUGUAGAUGUUAGAUCCAUGGACCUGCCUACCUUGGGAUACACCCUGAUAUACACCUGUCAAGAAGGCUUCUAUCUGGCUGGAGGAUCAGAGCACAGAACCUGCAAGAGUGACGGGAGAUGGUCGGGGAAACCACCUCUCUGUAAAGUCGGAGUGAAAGUCAAUCCCAAAGGCAGAGGAGAGUCAGAUGUCCAGAAGAACAAGAUACGUGUUCCGGUGGACGUCUUCUCUCCAAACUCUGAGUGGAGCGGUUUCUACGAGUAUCUGGGGAAGAGACAGGCCACCACAUUUACAGUUACCGGGUUCAAUGCUACCAGUGGAAGAGUCAACGUCACAUUACUGGAGACCAGCGGAGUGUCGAUAAGAUUAUCAGGUACCUACAAGUCAGAAGAGAACCAGCUGCUGUUGAAGGUUUACCAAGUGAAGGGGCCCACAGAGCACUACUACAGCAAGUUUAAAAAUGACAACUGGGCAAUGGAUGGAUAUGUUACUGCAGAAUCCGACCAGAAGACUUUUGUCUACCAGGGUCACAUUCACAGCAAAGAUUUUGGCAAGUUCCUUUUGACGAGACAAGGACCUGUAACCAUGGCAAUGGACCCGUCAAACCCUUACACGAACAGCAGCUCCGUGGCAGCAGCCAUCUUAGUCCCCUUCUUUGCCCUCAUCCUCUCUGGAUUUGCCUUCUACCUCUACAAGCACAGGGCAUUGUCUGCUGACACAGAUGACAAUGAGAGACCAAAAGACACCUGGGGGCCUGGCGGCAGGACACGUCCGAAGGUCCAGUUCAAUGGCUAUGUCGGCCAUGAGAGCUCCAAUGGUCAGGCAUCAUUUGAAAAUCCAAUGUAUGACACCAACAUGAAGCCCACUGAGGCUAAGGCAGUUCGAUUUGAUACCACGCUCAAUACAGUCUGCACUGUGGUAUAGUCCAGCGAACCUGCCACUACAGAUGAAGUGGUUCAGUCCAGCCGCCACGUUGCAGCCCGUGGUGUGGUUUAACCAAACAAAUAUGAAAAAAAAACAAAGGAAAUCAGACGUAUUUUUUGGACUCGUCAAUAUGAGCAGUCUUUGUGUAGCAUGCUGGUCCCUUCUCAGCAGAAUCUGCGCAGUGACACAGCUCUAUUCCACUUUCCUAGCUGAACAAGGGUAUUAGCCACCUUUAAUCCUAAAGGGAAAACCAAUUGAACCCAAUGAACAAGGGCAUAGAAAACUCUGUCAUGAAAUAGCAUUAAGUCGGUUGUUCAGGAGAUCAGUGCUGUGGACUGGUCUUCUCCUUGAGCACUGUUGCAGUUCACACAGGGAUAAACAAAGAUAGAUAAUUAGUUUCCUAGUCCAGUGCCAGCUGACGUACAAAAUGUAUCUUGUCCCUUCUCUUUAACUUCUAUAGAAGGGCUUUGAAUGACCAAGUGUCAUAUGGCCCUCUGAUAACUUCCCUACAGCGGUUUACCCUAAUCUGUCCCCAUAUUCCAAUGCAAAAUUUGCACAGAAUUAAAGACCUACAAACUCCCCUGCUGCAGGCCAGACUUGGGUUUGACCAAUGAAAGGUUCUACCCUCAGGGGAAGCACAUAGACUCUUCCACUCCAAACACUGGGUGGUUCCUAUAUGUGAACGUAAAACAUCACUGGUACUGGACCAAAGCCCUACCAUAAUGCAGACUUGACGGCCCUGACAUAAUGACACUUUGGUGGAAUACCAUUAGCUGUGAGACUGACUACAAAAUGCAGUCCGGGCAUUGUUAAGAUAAAACAGACCUUCCAAGAAGAUGACACUCUCAUUAAAUACUGGACACUAGCAACAAAUUAGUGGUAAGACUGGUAGAUGAUUAGUGCUAAACAAGUUAUGGUCAAAGAGCAGUUUCAUGUAAGUUUGAAAUGUUUUAGCCUACUUGGAGAGCUGACUGAGUUAGGUUUAAUAUAGCAGGACAAUCACAGCGUUAACAGUUAAUGGAUAUUCAGAUGGGUUCCUGUAAUUGUCUCUACCUUCUGUCACUAUAUUGCCUUUUAUGACAAUGUCUACCCAGAGUUUAUGGCAACUAAUUAGGCUAAAACAUACCAAGCCAAGUUCUUACAAACAGUGUCUCCCCAAGGGUGAUAUUAGAACCUGUUCAAGAACUUGUUUUGGACAAUAUUACAAAGAGCUACUACACACUUAAAGUCAGCCCGACGGCCUACAAUAUUCCACUGUAGCACUCGACAGACUCUGCUGAACCAGAAAACCAGACAUUUGAGUUGCCAGGUUGGUCUACACAAAAAGACUGGUUUCCGGAGGCCUGUCUAACACAAUCAAAGAGUCUGAGAAGUGAUUCUUGCUCUUGGACUGGCCAGGAUUCUGUCCUUGGUGACUGAACAAGUGGAAGCCUGGAGGCAAUAAGCUGUCAGGAUCGCCGACUGCUGCAAUCCGCUGUGGCCAAAUCCAGGAAAUGAUUUGUCUUCUCCUAAUUCUGGUUGGGACUAAGUGAUGACUGAUAUAUUUUUUUCUACAGUAUUCUCUCCAGCCACAAAAAUCAGAAGUAGAUGAACUGAUUAACAGGCAGACUGGUUGACUGACAGAAAUCAGACAGACGGACACAGACAAACGGACAGAUAGACAACUCUGUCAGUCGCGCAGAGACAAGGACAUGUUAUUAUGGAAACAGAGGCAAAUAGCUGUCUCUGAUUGUCUCUUCUGGCAUUUUUCUUCAGUGAAGAUAUUGAUGAACAGGCGCAUAUGUUCAUAAGCCCAGUGGCCCCAUGGGACUUCCCAAACCACUGCUGCUGGGGACCCCAAAAUAUAAACUUUAUAUAAACCGCACAAAUUUUGCACUAGUGUGUUUUUCUGACUGGGUUAUGAAAAAAAAAGAAAAAAAAAGAAUAAUUUUUGGGUCUGAAAUGGGUUUGAAAAACAAGUCAUUCAAAAAAAGAGAAUUUUAUUCAGAAACUUCUAUCUUUACGAAGAAGGCAAAAUGACUAAAUACAGGGUUACAGAGUGUUUGUAUAUACACAUUUAUAUUUCACACUCCCUGUUAGCAGAAGGUGUGACCACACAUGCUAUACUGUUGUUUAUUUCGUUGCCAUGACAACAUGCUAGCCAACCAGGAAGUUGGGAGCGGUCCACCCGCGGACCUCCAAACAGGGAAGGUAAUGGUGUCACAUAGUUCUUGCCUUUUCUUUGUUGUUUCUGAAAGCUGAUGCUGAAUCCUGCUACUGACAUGAGCAAGAAACACACAGAAAGCCUCUCAUUCAUAAUACGCAGUAUGGCUCCAGGGAAACAUUGGUGCCACACUGCUAGUUUGAUAUACAGACAAAUAUUAAGCAGUUUAGGAUACUAUAAAAGUAAAGUAGUAAGGUAAAGUGUUGGGUCAGUAUGGGCUGACAGCUGAUCACUCGUAGCGGUGCACGGUGCAGGCUUUCAGAAACAGCACGUGGCUUUUUCUCUUUAAAAAGAUGUGUUGUCAGUGCUCCCUUCCACUCACAUUAUCGUGCAUCCUUUCAACACAUUGCACAAAACUUUAUUUGAACACACCUUUUUAAAGAGCACAGCGUGGUCUGUUUGAGGAUCGGUCAUUUUAGGCAGAGGGGGGAAGAAAAAAAAUAAAAACGAUGUAGAGUAUGAAGACAACAUGCACAAUUAUUGUUGUCGACAGUUAUCAUCCCCUGAGCCCCUCCAUGGUUUAAGAAAUACCUCGUGUGCAGAGAGCAAGUUACGUCCUACUUAUCAAUGCUGGAACCUCACUGCAACAAAUAUACAAGCUUAGCGAGUGAGACCCGGCCCGCUUAUUUCCUGGUAUUUGAAGUCAAAUUGCCAUCCUAACGCACUCUGAGUCUGCAGGCUACAAGGAAAAUCAAGUCACUCACCAAGCUUGUUAUUUCUCGCAGUGUCCUCUCAAAAUACUUUUAUUUUUCAGAAGAUGCUGCACUUGGUUUUGAUCACAGAUGUAACUGCUUUUAAUGUGUCUUUCGGUGUCUUUAAACCCUGUGUCUUGUUCCACACUUCAUGUGCAUUAGGUUUUAUGCAUACGUCAUUUGCUUUAAUCUGCAUGAUGUCCAAAAUGACAUUCUGUUCAUGAUUUCAGCCUUUCAGCCAUAACCCCUACCCUGUCAUAUAUCAACACACAAACUGUCAUAUAUCUAUGAACAAUAAAUCACAAACAUGCUCAUUGUCAAAUACAUCAUCAGAUGGUGAAAACUUACCACAGACAAACUGGUGGUUGUGUUACGUUGCAGUGUGAUAUUCCAGGCAAAGAAUCAUUUCAAUGAAAUCAGAGAAGCAUUCGACAUGAGUAGGUUUGUCACGUCCACCUGCUAAGAGAUGAGUAAGAAUGAACGAACAAACAAAUGUUUUUUUCUCUUUAUAUUUUCGGCUCAUUUAUUUGAAAAUGAGUACAAACCUGAAUUCUGCAAUUGAAAUGCCCUGAAACAACGGUGAUUAUGUAUGGAAGCCGUUGGCUUCAUGAUAUCCAUUGUGAGCCCGACAUUUGCGACCUCGGUGUCACGGUCAUAGUCACGCAGACAAAAGUAGCACAAGCGCGAUGCACAAUAAAAACAAUCAGACAUGUGCUGCAGCUAAAAUAGCUUCCAGUAGUUCACCAAGUGCAGAGACGUGCAUUCAGAGAUGUCUUCGAGGGAAUAAACGAGACAUCUGUAAACAACAGUGGAGCGUCUGUUCGUGAGAUGAGCCUCCUCUCUUUCUGUUGCUGGAGUGCACCCCAUGCCUCUAUUUUAAUUGAUUUAAUUAAUUCAGUUCAGAUUUCCUAUGGAGUCAAGAGUGCAUAAUAGGGCCUGGAAAUGAGAGACUGCAAGGUUUCCACAGUUGUAAUAAAAGGUCUCGUUUUUAACAAUUAAUGACAGCGAUCUGACUUCCUAGUGUGUCUGAAAGAGAACUCUCAGACUCCAUGUUGUCUUUGCUUAUUGUGGCGUGUAACAAUCAGAACAGUACAACAGAGGGUGGAUUUCACAUCUUGUGUACCCACAGAAACUGAGCACAGUGCCAAGCGACUUUCAGUCAAAUAAAUAUCAGGCUUGCAGCAGAACUGGAAGUCGUAACAAAAUUCACACGGAUGCUAGAUGAGUGCCGGCUCAGACUUUCCCGUCCCACUAACCUUUUAGGCGUUUCCCAGCUGUGUAUGAACAGACUUAUUCUGUCAUUUUGAUGCAUGCUUCUCUCAGUAACUCUUUUCAUGCAGAGGUUUUCCUGGGUGUGGUCUCUGUUGUAGCAACCUAAAACUAACCUUGCAUCUUGUAAUAAGGUCUCCUAAGACUAAAGAUAUGCAGCCCUGGAUUACAGCCACGACUGUAUGUAAAGAUCAACACAUCCCGUGAUGUUGUGAAGACUCAGUGUGCGCUGCUCUGACCUCGAUGUAAGAUAUAUAGACCGAGCCAGAAAUAUUCACAGCCCCUAUUGUCAUGAAUAGGGAAAUUAGCUUGUUGGGCAUUUUAACAUCCAGGGGCAAUGACCUGCUUUUGGAGCCAGUCUCAAGAGGCCAUUCAAGUAACUACUGUACUUUCAAGGUUGCCGCCUUCUUGGAACUUCACCAUUUCAUUUAACAUAUUAAAGUUGCAAUUUCACAAAGCAGGCCUCAAUUAUGUCCAAUUUAAAAUCAAAAUGAGACAAGUGGAGAUAUACCAUUACCCAACCUUUUUAAUUAACUCAGAUGAAUGAAGCUGAUCAUAUGUCUCUGUCUAUCUAUGGUUUCUCUCCUUUAUGAAGAGCAGAAAAAAAGCAGAUCCCAUUUUGUGGCCCUGAUUAAGAACACACGGAAAUGCUGAGUGAACAAUGAUGAACCCUUUUACUGAAGCCGUGAGUGUGCAGCGGUCUAUUUUAAAUCAGCAAAAUCUAAUUCUAAGAAAGGAACCAUUGUGAUGUGAUGUGAUGUGAUGUGAUGUGAAAACCUCGUUUGGAAUUGCUUCUUCCACUUGGGAAGGCACUGAGACAGUUAAUAGGGCGGCUUACAGUGCCUUAAAUUACUAGUAUAUGCUCUCUCAUUCAGCUGUUCUAAAAUGGGCAAGUUACAUUCAGCUGAACGUUGCACGUCAAUUCUCCAAGACGACUGGAAAACUUGGAUAAAGUUCUCGUAACUGCGGAUAUUUCUGGUGCAAUUAAUGUCGGUGUUUCCUUCGUUGUCCUUCAUUUGGUUCUGUCAUCAGUUUGUUCCUGACAGUUUUACAGAGCGACAGCUGGCUACCAACUAAAGUUACAUUUUAAAAAUGUCAAGGUUGCUCCUGCUUCUUCAGCUAAGGCUUUUUACUGUUGGGGAAGUUUCCACGUUCGUCCCUCGGUCUCUCUGAAGUGGUAUUGUCAGCAGUCCUCAGUGAAAGAAAGGGGCACAGCUGGCUGUGAGCUUUAAAGAAAAUAAAGACUAAAAUUGUAAAUGUCACAUUGCCUUUUCACACAGUGGCAUAUGGAAUAGACCAUUUCCCCGCCAAGUAUUAAAUUAAAUAUGGAAUGGAUUCAAUGCAGAUAUGCACAAAAAAAGACUCGAAUUAUGUCAAGAGAGCAUACUGAGAUACUGAUGUUAUUUUAACACUGAAACAAAUAAGCAGAGAGAUGUUCACAGAGACAUUUCCUCUAAGGAUAGUGCAGAGGAAGCUACUUGCAUUCAUGCUCAGUUAGAAACUGCGUCCUCUCUGCGUUUAUCUGUGAUUUACCAGUCUAUUAAUCUGCAAAUUCUUCCUCUGUGUGUUUGUGUGUACAAUAUGUCUGUAGUAUGCUCAGGCAAUACUUGUCUCCUUUUCAUGCACUUUACUGUACCUGGGUUGGUUUGGUGUCAGUUUUUGAAGUAAUCAAAUUCCAAAUAUUCUGCAGUGCAGGUCUGUUGACACGACUCGGUUCCAUCUUCUUCUCAGCAGUUUGGGUUGGACAAACUUCUCUCAUGCCGUAACAUUCAGCGUUAGAGACUUGAAGAAAGACUUGAGUUCGCUGCGGCUUCUCAUCGGCCCACGUGGCUGCUUGUAAAUUGGGACUCAUACAUAUUAGAGUUACAUUCACGUGUCACAGUGACGAGAUCCAUUCUCGGCAUAAACUGACAUGCAGUAAAUUGCUAUUGCUCAUAAAUGCGUACUGAAAUCUACACAUAGUUUCCUUUCUGUUGUCCCUAACGGCAUUGAUGCAUCAAGAAAUGGCAGGUUCUCACCAAGAGGUUGUCAUACGUCUUAUUGUUUUAGGCAUCAUCAUCCAUUCAUUGUCAUGACUCUCAUCUUUCACUAUCAUCAUGUGCUGCUGAACUUGAAGUAGUUGCAAAAGAAAAAAAAAAACAUUUUUGUACAGAAAUCUAUUUUUUAUGGAGAAUUUGUAAAAAAAAAAGAUACAAAGAAACAAUUAUUAAACAUGCUGUACUUUUUAUGACUAAUGAUGUAGGUACAACAAAAAAAGAUCUUGUUCAUUAAAGUCAAUGUUUUUACUGUUACACACCAUGUAAAAAUCUGAGUAUCAAAAAUCAGUACGUCAUAUGAUCUCUUUUGUCCUUUAUGGCUGCUUUUACACAGGAAGUUCAUUUUCUCAAUGAGUCACACCUGCACAUUUAUUAUUCACAGUCCAAAACAGUUUCAUUUUUUGUGUAACGGCUGCUUCUUUUGAAAAUAUGGUACAUGAUGUGGUGUUGCGUAAAACGAUUUUGGAUGGCUACUAAUAUGGCGGGAGAACUGGUAAUUCUUCAUGUUAAAAUAUUCUUUACUCAUAUAAAAAAAAAAAAAAAUUAAAAAAACAAUAGACACAAGCAAAACAGGUGUCAAUUGCAUUUAACUGCAUUUGUUGAUUGGUUGAAAAUGAUUGUAUUCUUGUGUAACAGCAGCCCUGUGUGGCUGAUCCUUAUGUCUAUAUCUGGGAGAGGGACGACUUUCACAGGCACAAAAGAUUUUGGAUGACUUGACCCCUUCAUGGCCCAAAAUUUGACCUCAUGUGUGUCUAAACAAGGAGACAUCUGGUUCUCCUUGCUUGGACAUUUAUCGGUAAGAGUUCUGGAGGCUCCUGUCUGGACUGGAAAAACGACACUGGUACUUUAUGUUUUGAACUAUGAGAUGGAAAAAUGGUGUUUUUCUGUCCUCCUGGGAAAUCAGGAGGGAGAAAUGUAAUGGUUAUAAAGGAUUUAAUAACAGUAUGUGAAUGCAGCCUCACAACCUGCUGUUAAAGAGACUCACAGUUUAUCUAUCAGCUAUUUUGAAGAUAUUAUUUGAGAAUAAAGUUUUUGAUACAAUA